AUGCUAGAGACGAAAGAGGUUGCUAUCGUCCGCCCCGAGUUCGCCGCGGAGGUGCCACGAAGUCUUGGCGCCGCUAGAUUGAAGAUGGAUCAACGACAUGCGAUCCUCAAUCGCAGUGAACAUCACCGACAUGGCCCAUCGAUAGCGAAUCGCCAAACUGCAAACUCGAUCAAAUUAGCCAAUAUGCAGCGCGCGGCGGCCGCCGCUCCGCCAACGGGCCAGCAUCUCUAUGCGUACUGCCAUGUCAAGACCAACCAGGUCCUCUACUCCUUGUCAAGAAACCUCAAUAACUCCCACUUGAAGCAACUACCCGACGUCGGCGCAAAUUACACACCUCCGAAACUACGAAAAGAUCACUGGCGGCCGCUCUUCGCUGUCAGCCUUCCACCCACCGAAGAUGGACGACUACAGAAAGUCGACAUGAUGCGAAGGCUUCGAGAGUACCGAAUGCUACACGAACUAUACUGGGAACCUUCGGACGAGAUGAGCCGGCCGAUGUCACAGAAGAAAAUUGACGCAAUGCAGAGGAAAUUGGAGGAUCGAGGAGGCAGCAAAAAGGAGACGGUCUACGAUGUCGUCGCACGGGAGAAGAAGAAGAUGCGGGUCAAGAUGGUCAUGGACCAAAAGGCGAACUCGAUUGCGGAUCUCGCAGCGACACUGCUGAAACAAGACGAGGAGGGUGCUAGGUUGAAGGAAGAGCUGGACGCCCGACUUGCCGCAGAAAGGGAGAGGGAGUUGUCGGAAAUCAUCAAGCUGGCGCAAAGUAGUGACGCCGUUCUGCAACGACAUUUGAUGAAGGAGAAGAUGCUCCGCGAAAAGAUCGCGUCUCUACCGGCAGGAGAGGCGAAGCCUCUUAAGAUCACUCUGAAACAGAAAAACAUUGAUCUCGCCAGAUGGCAUUGGGCGCGCAAACAAGUCAGAAUAGCGAGGGAAGCACGAGCUGCACAAGCAAGAGUGGACAGCGAAGCUCAGGCUGUGGAGGCCGGAGAGGGAGCAGAGGCAGGAGCGGAGGGCGAGGGAGUAGAGAAUGCGAUUGAAGAUUGGUCCGAGGAAGAUAUUGCGUAUCUUCGAGAGAACUUGGAACCCUUCCCGGAGAAUCUGAAGAAGCACGUGUCCAGCAAUCAAAGGACGCCGGCCAAGACCUACUUCACGGCGGACGGAGUUACCGUGAGGUGGGCGAACACUGGAGACGCCGAGUUCGCUGCACAAUGGCCGACGGGCGUCGCGCUUGAACCUUUAGGCAUCACACGAUACAGCCAUCCGAAACUGCCUGAUUCGCCCGACGAACCCGAAUUCGAGCCUAUAAAGGAGGUGGCGGAGUUCAAGGCGUUGCAAUGGACGAAGCGCAAGGAGAACUGGGAGCUGCCUCCUGGCAUUGCCGAUAGAGUCAUGGCUCGCAGGGCAGAGAUGGGGCUGGAGGAACAUCCAGAUCUGGCGAACAAGUUCCAAUUUGCUGAAUUUCAACCAGAGGCCGAGACAGCGGAGACGUUGGCUUUCGAGACAGAGGAGGCCGACGUCGAGGAGAGUGCGAGGGAAGAGGAGAGCGUAGAGCUCGACCAAGCCGCGAAGACCGAGGAAGGCGUGGAGGUCGAGGAAGAUGUCGAGCCCGAGGAGUACGAUGUUCUGGUCAAGCCCACGAUGACAUUGCAAGAAAGGCGAGCAGCCAUCGCUCGCAUGCACAAACGAGCACUCGAGGCUGCUAAGGAGCAGGCUGAAGCUCGCUUGAGAAAGAGGCAAUUGGACAAGAGGGAAAGGAGAAAGGAGGCCAACGCGAAGCAGGGUCUUAGCGGAAAGAUUGAUCCUUCGACGAUACCCGAUGUCUCAUCAUCGGGUGCAGGAGCAGAAGUCGGGGGUUCAUAG